AUGGGUAAGAGAGAGAGUGAACAACAAUAUUCAUUAUAUUACAUUUUCAAUAUUACCAUUAUUUUAUUAUUAUUACCAUCAUACUCUAAAAGAAUAAUAACAGUACAGCAUUAUAGCAUAGCAUCAGAUUUAUGCAAAAUAGGUGAGGUGACUAUCACAUCGAAAAACGAGGUGUUGGCGCAUUCGACCCCCAAGACCAUGCAAACGGCACCAAUCGAAAAACAAAAACUUUUUAAAAGAGUUUUGGAGAUUUUUUUCACAAAUCACAACAACAUUUUUAAACAAAGAAACUAUACUAUACAUCAAGCAAGACAAGUUAGACAAGACAACAAAUAA